AUGAAGAAAAUCGAUCAAGCCGCCGAUGCGACAGGGGGCAACCAGCCUGACAAGAAGCCAACUUCUGGCUUCGCUGCUUUUCUGCUCCUUAUACAGCGAAUGUUUACCUACUGUCAACCCCUCGACUGCGCCCUCGAAAUUAUUGCCAUCCUGGCUGCAAUCGGCUCCGGUGUAGCGAUGGCAAUGAUGAACCUCGUAAUAGGAGAAUUAAUGAAUGUCAUGAGUGACCCCACACGUAUUGCCGCAGAUCCAGAUGGGUUCAUGGCUGCCGUCAGCAAGACUUCAUUAGGCUGUACCUACAUAUACUCGACGCUCUUUACCUAUGUUUCCUUCCGAGUCACAAAUAACAUCCGAAAAUCCUACCUUCGAGCAGCACUCAGCCAAGAGGUCAGCUAUUUCGAUCACGGAACUUCUAGGUCUAUAUCCAUGCAGGGCACAUCCAAUGGAAAGUUGAUCCAGGCCGGCAUCGCAGAUAAACUGGGACUCUUCUUCGCGUCGUUUGCUACCUUUAUUGCCGCUUUCAUCAUUGCGUUUAUUAGCUACUGGAAGCUUACCCUUAUCCUCAUUUGCAUCAUGCCAGCAAUUAUGUUGGUCAUCGGUUCCAUGGCUACAAUCGACGCCGGUAUGGAUGGGAAGAACUUGAAGGUCAUCUUUCAAGCUGCUCAAUACGCCGAAACAUCCCUCGCAAGCAUCCGCACGAUUAAAGCCUUCAACCUCGAGUCGAGAAUCAUGCACAAUUACACAUCUUUUAUCGAAACCUCACGUCAACUGUGUCGUAAGAAGUCUGGUGUUUAUGGUGUUAUGUUUGCCUGGCAGUACUUUAUCAUGUAUGCCGGUAUGGGUUUGGCUUUCUGGCAAGGCAUCAGAAUGAUCGCUCGCGGGGAAGUAUAG